AUGAGGUACACUGAGAGAAAGACCUACCUGCCUCUAGCAGAGAGUGGUAGUAGGAUGUACUUUGUCAUCAGUGACUUGACUAAAAUCAACAACAUGUACAGAUUCAGUCUGGCUGCCUACCUUAGAAUCUUCCAGAAAGCUCUCAAGACCAACAAAGUUCAGAAAAAGUAUUUAAAGGACGACAGUGAGACUGACCACAGAAUCCGAGCCCUGACUCAGAGACUACAGAAUCUGGUGUAUGAAUAUGUCCGCCGCUCUCUGUUCAAAGCAGAUCGACUCAUGUUUGCCCUUCACAUGGACUGGGAGGGUUUCACAGGAAUCCUGGUGACUGAUGUGAAGUCGGAGGGAGGGCGGGGAUUACCCUCCUGGGUUGAUCAAGAGAGGCACACUGCUGUCACCAAUCUCAAGAACAAUUUCCCAAAGUUGUACCAGGUGCUGAACUUUGAUGAUGGGUCUCUGUGGUCUAACUUCUCCCAUAGUAACAAGUGUGAGAAGGAGUUCCCCUCAGUGAUUGAGAAGCAAGUCACUCUAUUCCAGCAGUUACUUGUAGUCCAGGCAGUCGGGCCAGACAAACUACAGACUGUCAUGGUACUGUUUGCCUGCAAGGCUUUAGGAAUGAAGGAGCUUUCUCCCUCUUCUGUGAAUCUCAAGAGACUCCUGGAGACAGAAACUUUGCCAUCCGAGCCUAUUCUGAUCAUUAUCUCCCAUGGUGCUGACUCCUCACAAGAGUUACAGGACUUGGCUGCUCAGACUAUAGGUGGCGAUAAAUACCACCAGGUUGCUAUGGGUCAAGGUCAGUCUGACAUAGCUAUGCAGUUGCUGAGGGAGUGUGCUCAGAAUGUAGAAUGGCUGUGUCUGAAGAACCUCCAUCUUGUAACAGCCUGGCUGCCUCAGCUGGAAAAGGAAAUAAAUACAUUGAAGCCACUUGAAGAUUUCAGACUCUGAAUGACAGCAGAAAUGCAUCCUAAAUUUCCCACAAUCCUCCUACAGAGCAGCUUGAAAAUCACUUAAAUGAGAGCUGUCUAUUCUUCUAAGAGAAACUCCAUUCUUUGAUGACUGAUGGAAAGCCUCAUCAUCCCCCACUGCUAAAGAACCCCUUGUCUUAAUCACCAGCCAUUAAUCAGUGAUCAUCGUUAUCAAAGCUCCAAGGUACAAUAGUGAAGUUUCUUUUGACACCAUUUCUUCCAGUCUCUGACUUUGU